GGAAAUAAUUCGGUGCAAAGAUAAAAUUGAUUGGGGCCGAUGUUCGCGUCUAUCCGUUCGCAGCGAGUUCUAGGUUGCGCACAUUCCUUUCCAGGACUCGAGUAUUCUUACAAGGAGUUCCUUGAAUCUCCCAUGACAACGACAUGAUCAGAGCUUCAUAAAGAAGGGUUGCUCAACAUUCAGAGGUCGGCAGCCCAUUUGGAAAAGAGUUGCUCUGUAUUACACCAAAACCAAUCCAACCCAGAACACCUUCAACAGGACUCACCAGCUCUGAGCUAGUGAUUUGAGUCGAUCACGUGAAGCCUCUAGCGCUUGUUUGUUGACAUACUACGCGAUUCCUUCCUCAUUCGGCACCCCACAAUAUUUACCCAAACUUCGCACGAUAACCCGAAAAGCAGACAUCAGAUAACCCCCCACCUUGCUACAAACACUUAUCGAGUAUAAUCACCACGAUCGCAUUCUUUCGCGAAGCAGCCAGCAUAUAUCACCAUGUCCGGGGUAGCAAAUUGGAUCAAGGCGCAACGAAAGGGGGAUUUGAUGGAGCUCGCGGAUUCGAUUGGACUUAAGUAUAUCGAUGGUAUCAAGAAGACAGAACUUGAGAUUGCGCUCGAAGACUACCUGGUUGAGAAUGAAUCGCAACUAGCUAAUGAGGCGCGCCUCAUACCAUACUAUAAUAGAAGAUCCGGUGCUUCACCUGUAAAGAAGGAGCCCUCUUCUGCUCACGAUGAAAUAGACACGAAAAGAUCAUUAAGACGCAGAACUAGACUUGCGUCAGAACUUUCGGAGGUCGGGAACCAAACUACUGACGAUUCGGAGUCUGAUAGAGCAAUCGCACGUUCUAGUACUGCUCUUACACAAACUCCACGCGCAAACGCGAUCACAUUUUCAUCAAACGUCCCUCUCCCACCAUCUCCUGCCGUUGUCGCAGAUGUUAUCGAUCGACGUACGGCAGUUUUACGCGCGAAAGCAAAUGAAUACUACAAAGAUUUAGGUAUAGUUGAAGCUGUGGAGACUGCCCGUGAAACUGUAUCAACGGUCGUGGCCCUUGAAUUCAUCAUGCUACUCUCAGAGGCACUGCAACUUCAACCAGAACUUUUGCAAAACAAAUACGCAUUCACAAUUCCUCCGCUCCAAUUACUGAAUACUUCCGAAUACGCAGUUAAAAUUCCGGAUCUGUUCCUUUUGUUGACCACGUCGUUCUGGGGCCCCUUUGCUCUGUGGUUAUCCACAAGUCUGUUACUUCCAUUGUUUGGGGCAUACUUCUACAAUUUGACAAGCAAACCAAGCACACGAAGCAGACAUUAUUCGUUUGACCCAUUGACAUUCAACAUUGUAAAGGGACUUAUAACAUUCGUAGUUUACGGCCAAGGCGCAACUCUUGGCGGGCUCGUAGACCUUGAGCACGUGGCCAGAAUCAAUUCCGCACUUUAUGGGGGAUAUCAAAGCACGCUUGUUGGAACCGGCAUUGGGAUCCUGUUUACCAUGUACGAUGCCGUUUUGAAGAAAUGAUUGCCUUUAGCAGUGGAAAUAUGAAAACCUGCAUGGCAUGAAUGGAACAUCUAUUCUCAGUUCAUCGUCUUUGAAUAUUCAUUUUCGGCGGCAUGUUUCCAGCGAAUUCUUCACGGACUGAGUUACAUAUAUUUAGCUAUGUGGGGGGAAGGUUUUGCAUUCGUCUUCGCUCUCUUCCUUGAUUUCAUCUAUCCUCGACCGUGCCAACAUAAUCUUCUCUAGUAUUGAGAUGCAUUGGGAAGGCGUUUGAGGCGUGGCUGAUUCGAGAUACCUAUCUUUGGGCAUUACUUUUUAGUUUGAGGAGUUAUGGGGUUGUGGGGAAUCUGGUUGGGCAAGGGUUGUUGUGGGAUCGGUUGGAUAGUCUACUCUUUGGCUAUGAAUUUCUCAAAAUUAUCUAGGAAAUGCAAAAACUACAUUAAAUUUCUGACGUCAUUGCAUCUCUGGCUCGGUCAUGAUAGAACACUAGAUAAGGUAGCAAUAGUAUAUUAAGCGGUCAGUCAAUAUACGAAAUAUGAUACA